UGACCCAGAGAAGGGACCCGGGUGUCCUGCAUUGCAGGCAGACACUUUACCAUAUGAGCCACCAGGGGAGAGGAAAAUACCAAUACCCACUUAGGCCGACUCACCCAUGUUCUCACCUUCUGGGUCAGAGCUUUGCAAGAGUCCGGCGCGUUGUCUCCAUGCAGAAGUAUAACCUUUCAGAGCAGGAGCAAGCUAGGCUAAUCUUCCAGGUGUACGUGAAGGACCCUCUGGCUUGCCCUUCACACUUGCCUGGUUGGGUAUUUAUGUCCAGGACCCAGGAACCACUGAAACAGCAUAGGAUUCAAGCAAACCAAAACACAAAUCCUUACAUAGUCCUGAGAGGCCAAUGAGAUAAAAUGAUGGAUCAAAGGAUUAUUUUUGCUAAAUAAAGCAUUUUAGGUUUUGCAUCUCACUGGACUCAGUUCUCAACAGGAUGUUGCUCUCAUGGCCUGGAAUUUGGAACUUCCACCACAGUCAUAUAAUCAGUCACCUCCGAUUCAUUUAGUUGAAACAACCCUUGAUGAAGCCCUGCUGCACUUAUAAUUUAAACCUUAGAAAUGGGAGAGGGAUGGAUAAUGUGAAGGAUUCUUUUUUCCCCCUCUAAAAUUAGCUUAGUGUACUAAUUCAGAAAGUAGUUGGCUGCAUCUGAUUGCAUGCCUUGGUAAUCGGAGCCAUCUGCCUCUCUGUUAAGGAGUUCACCUCUUUAAUCCAGCUUAGAGCCCACAAACCACUCCUCGCUAUCAUUAUGCCCUUGAAUAGAUGAGGCUGCGCAGAGUCCUUUGCUUUUCAACGUGUUGCUAUCACUGAAAAUACUUGGAGAUUUUGUGAUUUGUUUGUUGUUUUCUUUUGAGUUUUCUCGGAGUGCUUGGUUUUCUUUCUCUGAGGGCAGACACAAUGGCUUUCCUUAUGAAAACUAUGAUAAGUAACCAGGUGAAGAAUUUAGGACUCGGUGGCGGGUCUGAAGAAAAAAAAGAAGAAGGAGGAGCAUCUGACCCCGCAGCUGCUCAAGGCAUGAGUCGAGAGGAGUAUGAGGAGUACCAGAAGCAGAUAAUCGAGGAAAAGAUGGAAAGAGACGCUGCAUUUACACAGAAAAAGGCCGAGAGGGCGUGCCUCAGAGUUCACCUCAGAGAAAAGUACAGACUCCCAAAGAGUGAGAUGGAUGAGAACCAAAUCCAGAUGGCUGGAGACGACGUGGAUUUGCCCGAAGACCUCCGGAAGAUGGUAGAUGAAGAUCAAGAAGAGGAGGAAGACAAGGAUUCUAUCCUCGGGCAGCUACAGAACCUUCAGAACAUGGACUUGGACGCCAUCAAAGAGAAAGCCCAGGCCACCUUCUCGGAGAUCAAGCAGACGGCGGAGCAGAAGUGCGCCGUGAUGUGA